UUUGAAUAUAGAGAAAUGGCGGCCUCUAUGCUGAAGGUUGCAGUGACACGUCUGUCGAGAUGUGCCCAGCACUGCUCUCCAGCAGUUCGGAUGUUCUCUUCAUCCUCACCCCUUAUCCAGGGUGUUCCAGCAGCACUGUGGAAGUUGGGCAGGCUGAACCAUGUGGCCAUCGCAGUCCCUGACCUGCAGAAGGCAACGGCUCUGUACCGUGAUGUGCUCGGCGCCCACGUAAGCGCCGUCGUGCCGUUACCCGAGCACGGGGUUUACACAGUGUUUGUGGAGUUGGGCAACACAAAACUGGAGCUUUUGCAUCCUCUGGGUGAGAAAAGUCCAAUCGCAGGAUUCCUGCAGAAGAACAAAUCUGGAGGAAUGCACCACAUCUGCAUUGAGGUUGAUGAUAUAAACGCAGCAAUAGUGGAUUUGAAGGCAAAGAACAUCAGGCUGCUCUCACCAGAGCCACGGAUAGGAGCUCAUGGAAAACCUGUGAUGUUUCUCCACCCUAAAGACUGCGACGGUGUUCUCGUGGAAAUAGAGCAAGCAUAGAGUCGACACACAUACCUCUCAAAGGCAAACGCUCUGCUAGAGAGGGAUAUUCCUUUAUAAGCUGCUUCUGAGGGAGGAGAGUGAAGAUAAGGUGAAGGUUAAGGUUCUUUCAUAUAGUGUGUGAUUUUUUGUGAUUAUGCACUGUUAUGUUAAAAUGUUAAAAUUACAUGAUUGUAAUGUUACAAUAAAUGAAUCUGCUUUCUAUGAAAACACUAACAGAAAGAAGCUUGUAAAAUCUAUACAUUUUUCAAUAAAGUGGCAAUGAAGACAUUUUAGAUUUUGCAGAAGUGUUUGUAAAAUGGUACUAACAUUGGGUUUAAUUGAAGAUAUAAGCAGACUUUUGGUCGCCCGUGGUCAAAUGACAUGUUUUGUUGAUUUUCUAUGUGAAAAUAAGUUAAAACGUCUUCUACAGAGAACACAGUUCUGCACAUAUUAAUGCAACGUUUGCUAAAUUUAACAUAUUGGAAAAAAGAAGACAUAAAAUGCCUGUGCAGACACUAUGGCACAUUUAAUAUUUUAUGAUUUAUUUUAUUCAAUAUGUUAAACUCAGCAAAUAAAUUGAAACUGUGCACUAAAACUGGUAGAAAAAUCCUGUGUUUAAGUGUGUUCUCUGAGCGGAAAUAUUUACUCAUUUUCACUUCGAUAAUCAACAAAACUAAUCUGACUAAUUACUCUAACUGACGAUGCUCAAACUUUUGCAUACGGCUGGACCAAUUAAUCUGUUCUUACAGCCAUUAUGAAUGUAGCUUAAAUGCUGAAUUUGUUACCUAGUAAUGAUGGUUUCAGUUACUGAUGUACUGCAGAUGUUAUCAUGCUUCCAUGUUGUAUGUUAUGAUGCAGAUUCAUAUACUUUGAACAUGCAUAUUAAAAAGGAAUUCGACUCA